CUCGCCCGGAGUCACCCCAUCCACCCGCUCGCUGUCCAUCAUCAGCAGACCCGUCCGUCAUUCGUCAGUCACUCGGUCACUCAGAGUCAGUAUCAGCGGCAGAUACUCAGCAGCUUUGUUUUGGUCAAAGAAGUCCUUCUUGUGGAAUUUAGAUUCUUCGGUGUCGUCGUUUUGGGGACAUCAUCAUGCUUCGAACAAUGUUUCAGCAUGCAAAGAAGCACCCUGGGCUCAUACCCCAGUUCUGCUUCCUCAUACUUGGCAUGGGCGGAGCCAGCCUCUAUCUCGUCCGCCUGGCCAAGGGACCGCACGUCACUUGGAACAAGACGAGCAACCCAGAGCCCUGGAACAAGCUCGACCCAACCUAUCAGUACAAGUUGGUGGCUGUCACCACUGACUACAAGAGUCUGAAGAAGGAAGGGCCUGACUUUUAAAGGUCCUCGCUGGGCUCCUGCGGCACGGACUCUGGCAGUGUCCCCUGUCACCAUGACGACAGCCAGCAGCAGUCCUCACGCCGCUCCCUGAUGAUCCGGUCACCCAACGCCUUUCGGGGCCAGCGCCACCAACGGAA